AUGGCCUUCGAGCAUGCGUUUUCUGAGCGACUACCCCAAUUCGGGGCCACGCUGGAGCAGAAUGCCGAAAGGUCUGCGAAAGCAGCGGCCUGGUCCAAAGGAAUCCACGUGGCUGAUCCUGCUGGAACCAUGAAGCAGAUGUUCAACACCUUCAUCGGCAAGAGGCUGCUUCAGCACGAGGUGGACAAGGACCAGAAGAGUACCGGCCAAGGCCAAGGCCAGGAGGGCAAGCAGUCGAGCGAAGCUUCCAGCUCAUCCUCUUCCUCCAAGCGGAAGAAGCGGGAGAAAAAGAAGAAGGAGAAGAAGGCGAAAUCCAAGAAGGGAAAGAAGGCGCCAGUUCGCCUUGCGAUUUAG